AUGUCAACCGACUCCAAAGAUGUGGAUACUCCUAUGGGCAAAGCGCAGAGGGAGGCAUAUGACAAUUGCGAGGAUAAGGCCCUGAAGGGCACGUUGUCCAGCGAUACGUUUAUCUAUUUUCGCUGGGAUCAUGAUCAUUAUUUUACUGAGAAUUGUGGAACUACGUGGGCAAGUCAUGCGGUGCUGAAGUGCGAUACAAUCUACUAUAAAUCGUGA